AUGUAUUCAUGGACCACAACACAGCAGUACAGCACGGCGACGGGAGGAGGCGUGCGGCGGCGUGACGUGCGGCGGCCGGCGGGGGCUGCGUGCAGCGUGCGGCGGCCGGCGGCGGGAGCCGUGGCGGCGUGCGGCGCGGCCGUGGCGUGCAGCAGCGUGCGGCGCGGCCGCGGCGUGCAACGGCGCGGGCGCGGCGCCGGCGCGGCGGCGGCGACGGCGACCGGUGAGGCGGUGAGCCGCCAAGGCCAAGGCGCCAAGCCCGUGACCGGCAGGCGCACCGUGACCGACGGGCGACGGCGUGCCGCGUGCGGCAGCCGGCGCGGCAGCCUGCAGGGGCCCAGGAGGCAGCCAGGCAGGAGGCUGCUCCAGGCCGUCAGCCGAGCAGGAGCAGGCGCUGCACAGCUGCAGCCUGCAGGUCGGCGUCCGCCGUUCCACGCUGAGGCCCGAGGCAGCCGGCGGCUGCGCGCUGCCGCUGCGGCCGUGCGGCAUCCUGCUCGCCGGCGACUGCCUGACCUGCAAAUUCCGGACAAGCACAUUAGCACACUAAGGACAAGGACAUCAUCAAUUAUUUCCAAAAUAUCAAGCGUCGAAAAGUUAAUAUCUAAAUUGACAAUCACAUUAAUGGAUCGUACGUACUGGAUGCAGCUCAUCUGACGUAAGAGGGAUGUGAGUCAUUCACAGGCGAGGCUCACUCUCAUAGACCCACAUGUCAGUGACACACGUCUCUUUAAUGUCGGAUAUCCUGUUAGGAGGCGAACCGGAACUAAAGAUGAUGGUGUGAUCCCUUCGUCCCGUUGAAGUAAUAAACCGGGACUAAUAAGCCACUUUAGUCCCGGUUCGUUUUGAAACCGGGACUAUUGUGGAAAUCGGCCAACCCUUCAAAGACCUCUUCUCCAGUAGUGGAUGAGUCUUACUCAUCUCUUAAACUUGUAUGCUAAUUAUGGCAGUAUUGAGAAAGCUCUUUCUUAAAGGAGUUCAGUUUGUACCUUUAAUCAAGUGCAUAUGGUAGUGUCAUUUUUCAUAAAGAAAAAAAGAGAGAGAGAACUUUACGUUCCAAAGUCCUUGAUUAGUUCACUGCUAUAGGGGUUGAACUGAAUAUGGUUACAUAUCUGUUUGUACGAAUAUGAUCAUAGACACAUGUAAGCCGUCUAUGAUACACAAAAUGGUAUGUGGUUCACAAAACAUGUACAGCAGAAUUACCAAACGUAAUAAUGUCUUGUGAUAGACGGUCGCUAGCUGCAAAAUCACUUUAGGACUAGGUGGAACAUCUGAACAAGCUACCUUUUGAUGUGAGCUAGCACCCUAAACUAUUGAACUAGAUAUUUAACACCUUAAUUUUUUCCUUCCUUCAA